AUGAAGACUCCCAGUGAUGCUUCAUGGACCAUCAGGAAAUUGUUUGGCAUUAGGGGCUUGGGGCAACCUUUGAUCCAAUAUAGGAUUGGCAAUGGUGCGGGGACUUUCUUAUGGUAUACUCCCAGUACUUUAAAGCCAGAUAGUUUGAGAGAGGAUUAUGUUGUUUGGGUCCCUCAUCCUAGUGGCCAUUAUUCUGUUGCCUUUGCAUGGGAAGCACUCCGAAUCAGAAGGCCAAACCCACCUUGGGCAGCAAUUGUUUGGUCCAAACAAAUGGUCCCUCGAUGGGCCUUCGUAUUAUGGAUGGCCGUUCAAACCAAGCUGUGUACUAAGGAUAGGUUAGCUAAUUGGGGAAUGCAGGUGGACGACAAAUGUGUGCUUUGCAAUAACGCUAGAGAGACCCACCACCAUUUAUUUUUCCAGUGUCCCUUCUCCUCUAUGGUCUGGCAACAAGUUCUAGUGAGGACUUUGGUGCCAGGCAUUCCUAACACCCUCGUGGACAUUGUGGACUGGCUUGUCCAGUAUGGGACAUCUAAGGUUUUUAAGAAUUUAGUGUUACAUAGUACCUUAGCAGCUGCAGUGUAUGGUAUUUGGAUUGAGAGGAAUACUAGAGUGUUUCAAGGCCUUUCCAAACAAGUUGACGUCGCGUCCCUUAACGUGGUUAACUCUAUCAGAGAUUUUCUAUGCUCCAGAAGACGUGUUAAGAACUCCACUUUGAACAGGGCUUUGGGUGACAAAUGGAGGCUUCCGGAUAGUAUCUUUUCUCCAAUGUAA